AUAGGCUUCUUGAGACUCCAAAAUUGGAAUAUUGUCACUAGCUCAGUCUCGGAGUCCGAUUUCAUAGUCGGCCACAGCGGGAUAUUUACAAAAUGUUUUUCCGCGUGUUUUCGGCCCUUACAUGUUUGGCACUGGCUUCCGUUGAUGCCGGUAGUCUAAAUAUGUGUACAAAUAAUACUAGAAGCAAUGCGUGUUGUGAUGGGAACCUACAAAAUUACUGGGGUGAAGGAGAGAAGACCUGCUGUUGUGGUUCAGAAAGUUUUCAUCACGACAAAGGGAUUUGUUGUAAUGGAGAAAAGAUUGAUAGAUUGGGCAUAUUCAAAUCUAUUGAGUGUUGUUCAUGCGCUUCCCCAAAACUGGAUAUGGUAUUUGUCUUAGACACGUCAGAAAGCGUCGGUCGGGAAAACUUUCCUCUAAUUACCGAUUUUGUAUCAGAUCUUGUAAUAAGGAAGGAAACGACAAUUGGUCCUAAUGACGUUCAAGUCGGUGUUUUAAUUUACAAUCAUUUUGUUUUAAAACAAUUUGAUAUGAAUGAGUACUCCGACAAACUGUCUCUGCAGAAUGCAAUCAAUGCUAUAGAAUAUAAACCAGGGAGUACAAACACUGGAGAAGCUAUACAAGUUGCAACUGAUGAGAUGUUUAAACCAAACAAAGGAGAUAGACCUGACAUUCCCGAUCUUAUGUUUGUUAUUACAGAUGGGAAAUCUAUCGACAAAGAAGACACUUUAUUACAAGCUAAAAAUGCAAAGGAAAGAGGGAUAAGAGUUAUAGCUGUUGCCAUUGGUGAGGACAAGGAUUUAGAUACCGAAGAGCUUAUUGGUAUAGCUUCAAAACCAGCAAAUGAAAAUCUCUUCAAAAUCGGAGAUUUUAAAAGUUUAAAGACGCUUGAAUCCAAAUUCUUUACAACAAUUUGUUUUGACCCACCAUUUGGUCCACCAGAAACUGUCGUUGAGCGUUGUGGGAGCCAGCCCUACGAUCCUAAAACACAAAUGUGUUGUCAAUGGUCGGUUACUCCUAGAAUUGCUGGUGAAAGGACUAAAUGUUGUGGUACAAUGUCCUACGACCCAGAAAAGGAGAUUUGCUGCGCUAAUGAUCAUACGUCCCCACUGGUAGGCGGUGCUAAAACAGAAUGUUGCGGGUUGGAGGCAAUUGAUCCAACAAAAUCGAUAUGCUGCGGUCAUGACAUUCAGCCUCUGGUUGCCGGUAAAGAUACACAUUGUUGUGCACACGAUAGCUAUGACCCGAUGAAACGCCUUUGCUGCCAAGGAAUGCUGUUCCCUCCACAUAUCCAUCCAAGUUGUUACCAUUGUGACAACAAUGGGCACGAAGUAGCGCAGUUUGAUCCACAAAAGAACGCUUGUUGCAACGGAAAACUGGUACCAGCUGUUGCAGGAAAUCUCACAUGCUGUUGCAGAGGUGACCCUUUCGAUCCAAAAGACAAAAUUUGUUGUGAUGAUGUUCUUCAGAAAAGGAAAGGCGGAGAGGUAUCAUCGUGUUGCGGUAACGACAAUUUCGACCCGCGUGACCAGAUGUGUUGCAACGGCGAGGUUCAACCGAUUCUUAACGAGAAGAUUACGAGAUGCUGUGACAAGAGAAGCUUUGAUCCGGAUGUUCAAAUAUGUUGCGAUAACAAAAUGCUCCUCAGAAAAAAGAAUAGCGAUGACACAUGCUGCUGCGGAAAUAAUACAUACAACACGAAUAAAGAUGUAUGUUGCACAGAUAUUGUACAACCAAAAUACAAAAAAGGAACACAAUGCUGUGGUGACAAAAGUUUCGAUUCUACGAAGAUGUUGUGUUGUGAUGGUGUUGUGCAAAAGCUUGGAAAGAAAAGUUCUGUAACAAGAUGUUGCGGAAAAAAGAGUUAUGAUGCUAAAAAGGCAGUGUGUUGUGACGGCAAUCCAGUAAAGAAAUCAAACAAAAAUGAUGACGGUUGUUGUGGAAAAGGGACAUAUGAUCCUAAGACACAAAUAUGCUGCAGUGGAAAUAAAGGCAAACUUUACAGUUCUGGUACAAGAUGUUGUGGAUCCGAGAGCUAUGAUGCGAGAAAAUCAAUAUGUUGUGGUGGUAAAGUUUUUUCAAAUAACAUGAGAUGCUGUAAUGAUGAUGAAUAUAACCCUAAAACACAUAUAUGUUGCGACGGAUUGUCAGUAAGACAAAAAGACAAUGCUAAGGACAAUGUUUGUUGUGGAUCGUCGACAAUGAAUUAUGACACGCAUAUUUGCUGCGAAGGUGUGCCAUCUGAUCGACCGGCUGAUCGUGAUUAUUUAUGCUGCGGUCCCAAAGGCUUUGAUCCCGACUCUCAUAUUUGCUGUAAUAACCAACUUAUUAAACGUGAGAAAAAUGGAGAUAACUGGUGCUGUGGAGAGAAAAGUAUUAAUACCAAUAACCAGGUAUGUUGCCGUGGUAAUCCACAACCCAUCAAAGAAUCAGCAGACAAUACAUUUUGCUGUAAAGAUGCGAGCUUUAACUACAGAACACAAAUGUGUUGCUUCGGAGAAGUGGUUAAUAAAAGAUCACAAAAGGAUGACUACUGUUGUGGCAACACAACAGUUGAUGCAAAAGAUGAAAUUUGUUGUGAAGGUAUUCCACGAAAAGUGCCUAAUGUAAAUAGUGGAUUUUGUUGCAAAGAUAAAGGUGCAGAUAUGAGGGAAUUUAUGUGUUGCGAUGGCGAAAUGGUUCCUAAAAAAGAUGCAAAUGACGAUCUUUGUUGUGGCAAAGUAACGAUUAAUGCUAACAAAGAAAUAUGUUGUGAAGGCAACGCUGAAAUGAUGGUGGGUGAUGAAUACACAAAAUGUUGCGGUCGGAAGAGCUUUGAUUCAAGGACAGAAUUAUGCUGUGAUGGACAAAGGAUCACCAAAAGGAAUCCAGGUGAUUCGUGUUGUUGUGGAAACAAAACAAUGAAUCCAAAGAAUGAAAUUUGUUGUAUGGAUAUCAUUCGAGAUGCACCUGCAGGAAAUGACAUGCGCUGUUGUAUGAGUGAAAGUUAUGAUCAAAAUAAGUUUAUGUGUUGUGAUGGAAGAAAUAUUGUAAAGAAAGAAACUUCAUCAGACAACUGUUGCUGUGGCGAUAAAACAAUGGAUUCUAGUAAAAAGAUAUGCUGUGACGAGACGCCGCAACCAAAAGAAAACAAUGAUUAUAUGUGUUGUGGCAAAGAAAGUUAUGAUUCAGAAAAAGCUGUUUGUUGCCAAGGAGACACCGUUGUAGUAAAAUCUGGCGAAAAUGAUGAUUGUUGUUGUGGAAACACAACAAUGAAUUCCAAAACACAUAUUUGUUGUCUCGGAAAGAGAAAUGAAAUGUUCACUGAGCCUACAUCCUGUUGCGGAGAUAAAAGUUAUGGAAUCGUGAAUUAUUUGUGUUGCGAUGACGAAGUGAUGGAGAAAAGUAAUCGAAAAGAUGACUGUUGCUGUGGUAAGAAAACAAUGAAUACUGCUUCACAAAUAUGUUGUGAAGGCAAUCCUCAAGAUAUUGAAAACCCAGGAUGGACGUGUUGCGGAAAAAGAAGCUACAAUCCCAAAACACACAUUUGCUGCAAUAACAACAUUAUAAAGAAGAAUAAUCAAGGUGACAACUGGUGUUGCGGAAAUGAACCUUUUGAUUCUAAUAAUGAAGUCUGUUGUAAUAUGGUUGUUCAGCCAGCAUUUGGAACUCCAGAAGAAACUAGAUGCUGUGGGAAAAAAAGCUAUGACUUUACUACAAAGCUGUGUUGUGAUAAUAUCUUAUUCGAUAAAGAAGACACAUCCGACAACUGGUGUUGUGGAAAUGUGACAUACAACACACGUAAGCAAGUUUGUUGUCAAGGUAAGUACAAGCAGCCAAUGUACGGACAGAACACUCAGUGUUGUGGAGACACAAGCUAUGAUGAAACAAAACAAAUUUGUUGCAUGCGAAAGAUAUUUGAGAAGAAGAACGGAAAUGAUGACUGUUGCUGUGGAGAUACGGCAAUGAAUACUGAAACAGAAAUGUGCUGCAUGAAUUCUAGACAGCCUAAAGUGGACGGACAAUACACGGACUGUUGUGGUAACAAGACCUAUAGUCUAAGGAAUCAAUUGUGUUGCGAGGAUCAAAUGAUUAGACGCAAAGAAAGUGAAGGAGACGACUGUUGUUGCAGAGAUACAACUAUGGAUUCAAAACAGAAAAUAUGUUGUACAGAAGGUCCACAGCCCUUAGUAGGUGGGCCCAAAAAUACGGAUUGUUGUUUGAGUAUCUCCUAUGACAUGACAACUCAAGUGUGUUGCGAAGGUGUUAUUGUUGACAAAAAGAGGGAAAGUGACAAUUGGUGUUGUAAUGGUGAAUCUAUAAACACUGAUGAGGAAAUUUGUUGUAAUGGUAGUCCUGAACCUGCUGUUGCAGGUCGCAAUACAAGAUGUUGCAAAACAAAAAGUUACGAUCCAGAUGAAUUCAUUUGCUGCAAUGGUACCACUCUUUACAAGAAAAAUACACCUGAUGAUAAUAUAUGUUGCGGAGAAAAUUCAAUGAACACGUUAACCGAGAUCUGCUGUAUGGACAAGCCAGGGAAAAGGGACGGGGGUGACUAUGCCAAGUGCUGUCACGAUGAAAGCUAUGAUUCAAGCAAAUUCAUGUGUUGUGAUAAACCUAAUGGAAAGUGGGUAGUUGUUAAAAAGAGAAGUCCAAAAGACGAUUCAUGCUGUGGUAACACUACCAUUGACACAGAUCGUGAACUUUGUUGUGAUGGAAAUCCUGAAACAGGCGGGAAAGAGGUUCAAUGUUGCCAUGGUGUAGGUUACAACAGUAAAAACUAUAUUUGUUGUGAUGAUGAAAUUGUAGAAAAAACGUCUAAUAACGAUGAUUGUUGUUGUGGGAAGGUUGCUAUGAAUGGUAAAAAUGACAUAUGUUGUAUGGGAAAUAAACAGCAACGUGUUGGAGGAAAAGAUACAAUGUGUUGUUUAGAUAUUGCCUACGAUCCAGUCACACAGAUAUGUUGUGAUGGAAAACAGGUUAUUGAGAAAAACAAUGAAGAUGAUAACUGUUGCUGCGGAGGUCAGUCAAUGAAUGCACGUACAGAUAUAUGCUGCUUAAAUACACCACAACCUGCACCCGACAAAGAUGUAUAUAAGUGUUGUAAAGACAAAAGUUAUAACACUAAUACACAUGUAUGCUGUGAUGGGAGAGCAAGAAAAAAGACAGAUAAUAACGACGAUUGGUGUUGUGGUGAUGAAACAUUUAAUACAAGGGAUCACGUGUGCUGCCAAGGACAGUACAGACAACCAAAACGGACACAAGAUGCAGAGGAUACAAAAUGUUGUAGGAAAGAAAGUUAUAAUCCCGUUAGUCAGCUUUGUUGCAAAGGGGAAGUUGUUGACAAAAAUAACAACGAAGACAGCAGAUGUUGUGGCGAAAGCACUAUGGCUAGUAACGAUAUAUGUUGCAAUGGUGUUCCACAACGUGGUGGUAGGGCUUAUACCUGCUGUGGGACUGAAAGUUAUAACACAAAAUCUCAUAUCUGUUGUGGAGGAGUAGUAAGAAAGAAAAAAGACUCUAAAGACGACGGAUGUUGUGGAGAUGAUUCAACUAUAGAUAGCACUAUGGAAUUAUGUUGUAAAGGUGUUCCUCAACAAGUUAAUAUUGAGACUGGUGAUUGUUGUGGACGGUUUGGCUAUGAUAAGACAAAAUCAAUUUGUUGUUAUGAUACUCAAGUACUCGAUAAAGAUGAUGAAGACGAUGAUGUUUGCUGUGGGAAUAAUACAUUUAACCAGAAAAAACAUGUAUGCUGCAAUGAUGUAAGGCAAGGCAAAGUAGCUGGUGAUGAUACAAUGUGUUGUUUAACGAAAAGUUAUGAUCCGUCUAAACAUAUAUGUUGUGAUGGAAGAAAACUUUUAGAAAAGAAAGAUCCAGCUGAUGAUUGGUGUUGUGGCCAAAAUACAUACAAUAGUAAUUCGCAAGUAUGUUGUAAUGAAGUUCCAAAUGAAAAAUAUGGGGACAAUACGUUUUGCUGCAGAGAUGUCAGUUUCAACCAAAAUACGCAAGUAUGUUGUAACGGUGAAAUUGUGAAUAAAAAGGCAAAUCAAGAUGACGGGUGUUGUGGAAACACAACUCUCGAUGCUCAAAAUGAAAUUUGUUGCGAUGGUUACCCACAACCUGGAAAUGUGAUACAAUAUGCUUGUUGUGGGCAAAACAGCUAUAACAAAGAUACAUCUCUUUGCUGUGAAUUUGAUCAGAUCGUAACAAAAAGACAUGAAAAUGAUGACUGUUGUUGUGGCAAUGCUGGUAUGAAUCGAAAUGAAGAAAUAUGCUGUUCAGGGAAGGCUGUUGAAAGAACAGCAGGUGAAUUAACACGAUGUUGUGACAAAAAGCCAUAUGAUCAGAGAAAAGAAAUGUGUUGCGAUGGAGUAGUUAUUAAGAAAAAUGACGACAAUGAUAACUUGUGUUGUGGUACAACUACGUUUAAUGCAAAUACUCAGGUUUGUUGUCAUCAUAAUCCACAACCAAAGGUUGGUGGAAAAGUAACUCAGUGUUGCGAUAUUCACAGUUUUGAUCCAGAGAAAGCUUUAUGUUGUGACAAUGGUGUUGUUGAGAAAAAUGACACGGACGAUUCAUGCUGUUGUGGAAAAACAAAAACAUUUGACCCUAAAACCGAAGUCUGCUGUGGUGGUGUCCAGCCAAGGCGCCGAAAAGGAGAAAACACCCAAUGUUGUGGAACUGAAAGUUAUGAUGCUGACAGUUACAUAUGUUGUAACGAGGAGAUCAUCAAAAAGGAAAAAGAAAGAGAUGAUGCAUGUUGCGAUAAAAUCUCAUUUGAUGCUUCGAAAGAGAUUUGCUGUAAAGGUCAGGUUCAGAAACGGAGCGGAGGGAUUUUCACUGAUUGCUGUGGAAGUAACAGUUAUAAUAUUAUCGAUGAAAUGUGCUGUGAUGGAGAAGUUACCCGUAAAAGCAAAACUGACGAUGACACUUGCUGUGGAAAUAUAACUAUGGAUGCUCAGACACAACUAUGUUGUGAAGGAAAUGCUCAACCUAAAUAUGGUAGAUCAGGUAAAUGCUGUGGAAAUAAGAGCUACAACACUAAAUCAUCCAUGUGCUGUAAUGGAAAUAUCAUUGAUAAAAACAACGCAGACGACAAUGGAUGUUGCGGCGACACAACUUUCAACUAUGCUACCGAAGUAUGCUGUUUAGGCAUUCCAAAUUCUUUAUUAGGACCUUUGACACUUUGCUGCCUCGAUAAAAGUUAUGACUCUGAAUUGGCUGUGUGUUGUGACGGCAUUGAUAUUGUCCAAAAGGAUGACAAGUCUGAUAAUUGGUGUUGUGGUGGAAAAACGAUGAAUACACGCAAAGACAUAUGUUGUGAAGAUGUAAAACAACCAAGACGAGGAAGAAAUACACAGUGCUGUCAUAAAGUUAGCUACAAUCCAGUUGAGUUUUUGUGCUGUGGAAAGGAUAUUGUACCAAAGCACAAUGAAGACGCCGAUGUUUGUUGUGGUAACACCACUGUAGACGUGAGUCAUGAAGUUUGUUGCGAUGGAGUACCGAAUGAACGUGUUGAUCAGGAAUAUACUUCAUGUUGUGGUAGUAAAAGUUAUUCUAUGAGAAACCAGCUGUGUUGUACAGACGGAAAGAUGGUGAGAGACAAGAAUAAACCUGGUGACAAAGAAUGUUGUGGCACAAAAGAAACAUUUAACCCAAACAAAGAAAUAUGCUGUGAUGGUCAAGUAUUUGAUGUGGCUGGCAUUGAAAAUGCUGGAUGUUGUAAAGGAAAAGGUUAUAACAUGGAUACACAUAUGUGCUGUGUGGAUAUGGUGGUAGAGAUGCAAAAAGAAGGGGAUGACUGGUGCUGUGGAAAUACACCUUACAACACAAAAACAGAAAUAUGCUGUAAUGGAAAGAUUGAUGAAAGAGAAGGCGGUGAUAGAGCACGGUGUUGCUUAGGUAAAAGUUUUGACUCUCAGUCGCACUUAUGUUGCAAUGAUAAAAUAACAGAAAAGAAAAGUAUUUCCGACAAUAUGUGUUGCAAUGUCACAACAUAUGAUACUCAAACUGAAGUAUGUUGUCUUGGAACUACCCCUCAGCCAAAAAAGGGUGGGAAACAAACGCAGUGCUGUUUAGAUGAAAGUUUCAAUCCUAACACUCAGUUGUGUUGUAACAAGAAAGUUGUAGAGAAAACAAAUAACUUUGACGACUGUUGCUGUGGGGGAGCGUCAAUGAAUUCUAAAUCUGAUAUAUGUUGUCUUGGAAAUAAGCAAGACAGGAUUGGUGACGAAUACACAUCUUGUUGUGAAGAUGUCAGUUAUAACUCAAGGUCUCAUAUAUGUUGUGAAGGUAAGGUAAGAGAGAAAAACAACAAUAAUGAUGACACAUGUUGUGGUGAUACAGCCACUGUUGAUUCUAGACAGGAUAUUUGCUGCGAUGGUGUAGCACAAAAACGUGUAGGUGGCGAAUACACAGAUUGCUGUGAGAAAAAAUCAUUUGACACAAGGGUCGAUAUGUGCUGUGAUAAAAAGACUACUGAAAAGAGGGACGAAGGCGAUCACUGUUGCUGUGGGAAUACGACGAUUAACUUAAACAAAGAAAUAUGUUGUCACGGGAUACCUAGAGAUGCCAAAGGAGGGAAAUUUGCCAGAUGUUGUUCAGAUAAAAGUUAUGAUUCAAAGUCGGAAAUAUGUUGCGAUGCGCGUGAUGUUCGUACUAAAGUCCACCCAAGUGACAAUUGGUGUUGCGGUGAUUCAACUUUCAACACAAAGUCCGAAAUCUGUUGUAACGACGUAACAAGAGAUAGGGUUGGUGGAAAAGCGACAAAGUGUUGUGGAACAGAAAGUUAUAACUCUAAUACCCAUGCAUGUUGUGAAAAUGAAGUUGUCGAAAAACGAAACAGCAAUGACGAUAUCUGCUGUGGGAAAAAAACUUUAAACAUACGUAACGAAGUUUGUUGCGACGGAAAUACUCAGCCUAAAUAUAAUGGUCCAACGACAUGUUGUAGAAAUGAGAGCUUCAAUGUAAAAACACAUCUUUGCUGUUUUGGAACUGUAGUCGAAAAGAUGCAUAACAAUGAUGAUGGCUGUUGUGGAAGUAGUACAUUUGAUGGAAAAACCGAAGUUUGUUGCAUGGGUGUACCACAACCAAUAAAAGCUAAAGAUCGAACGCGUUGUUGCAAAAAAACUAGCUAUGAUUUAGAAAAUUACAUGUGUUGUGAAGAUACUGUUGUCAAAAAGAAAAACAGUAAAGACGACUGGUGUUGUGGUAAGAUACCGUAUAACACUCGAACAGAGUACUGCUGUCACGGUUCAGUUGUUCAGCCAUACUAUGGAGACAAUACUCAUUGUUGCGGAGAUGUGUCAUACGAUGCUGAUUCUAAAUUGUGUUGCGAUAGCGGUUUAUUCAAUAAAACAAAAGAAUCUGAUGAUUGGUGUUGUGGUGAUCAGCCAUAUAAUACAAAAGAUGAAAUAUGUUGCCAAGGUUUGUAUCCAAGAGAGGCUGUAGCAGGUGCUGCUACAAGGUGCUGUGGUCGCGAAAGUUACAAUCCUCGUACUGAAAUGUGCUGUGAGGAUGGAGUAGUGAAAAAAGAUUCAUCUGACGACGACGGAUGUUGCGGGAAAAGUACCAUGAAUGUUCUAACCGAUAUUUGCUGUAAUGGACGUAAAUAUUCUCGAAGUGGAUCAUCCACGGAUUGCUGUGGAAAUGUGGCUUUUGAUACCAAAAAUGAAGUUUGUUGUGGAGAUGAACGUGGGGUUUUACAAAAAUCUAAAUCUAAAGACGAUUGUUGUUGUGGCAAUGAUACGUACGAUGAGGCAAAUGAAAUAUGUUGUGAUGAACAAGUGAUGAGUAAAUAUGGAGAAUCAACGAAUUGUUGUGGAAAGAAAAGUUAUAAUAUGGAAAGUCAUUUGUGUUGUGGAAAAGAUGUUGUAAAGAAAGAAUCGCCAAACGAUAACUGUUGCUGUGGUAAUAGUAGUAUGCAGUCGGAUAUCCAUCAAUGUUGUGAUAGUGUUCCUGGUGUUGGGGACAAAUGUUGUGGAAAUAAGGCAUAUGAUUCAUCUGAUAAAGUUUGUUGUGAUACCGGAGACCUCAGGAAGAAAUCGAAACCGAAUGAUAAUCAUUGUUGUGGAGACGUUAAUACUUACAAUACUAAAACAGAAAUGUGUUGUUUGGGAACUCCAGUUGCGAUGACAAGUGAAUAUUAUAUGUGUUGUGGGAAUGAAGGAUAUGACGACAGGGAUUUUGUUUGCUGCAAUGGUAAAGUAAUCAAGAAAAACAAGCGAUCAGAUGACUCAUGUUGUGGUUCUGAACCAAUUUCUUCUACUGAUCAAAUUUGUUGCCUUAAAAAUCCACAACCAGGUGGGCGAUUUGCUACGUGUUGCGGAAGUAACAGUUAUAAUACCAAAAAUGAACUUUGUUGCAAUGGAGAAGUAGUGAAAAAAGAAGAUAGUAAUGAUGAUUAUUGUUGCGGCAAUUCUACUUUUAACAUCAGAAAUCAAAUAUGUUGUGACGUGACUGUCCAAGAAAGAACGACUAAAAAUGAUAAAUGCUGCGGACGAAGAAGUUACAAUCCUGCAACGCAUAUGUGCUGUGAUAAUGAAAUCGUCAAAAUGUCCGACACCGGUGAUAAUUGUUGCUGUGGUGAUAAAACAAUUAAUACAGCUAAAGAAAUUUGUUGUAAUGGUAUGUUUCCGCAACCACUUUUAUCUGAUACAUUGACUAAAUGUUGCUGGGAUAAGAGUUAUGAUUCUGAAACUGAGUUAUGCUGUGAUGAGUUUGGUGUUGUAGCUAAGAGCAAACCACAGGACAAUUGGUGUUGUGCUGGGUCACCGUUUUAUACAGAAGAACAAUUGUGUUGCCAAGGUAAAUUUGUGCAAGAAGGUGGAAGUAAAACUCAAUGCUGUGGUGCCAAGAGUUUCAAUCCAAGAACUACUGUUUGUUGCGACAAAGAUUUGUAUCCGAAACGACGUGGCAAGGACGAUGGAUGUUGUGGAAAUUCAACAAUUGACGCUGAAACAGAAAUAUGUUGUGAGGGUACACCUCAAAAUUUAGCUGGUGGAGAGAGGUAUACGUCCUGCUGCUUUGAUAAGAGUUUUGAUACCAAAUCAGAACUCUGUUGUGAAAAUACCGUCCUUAGAAAGCGAUCUGAAAAUGACGACGGUUGCUGUGGAAAAACAACAUUUGAUACUAAAAAGGAAAUUUGCUGUAAUGGAAAUCCAAAGCGAAGAGAUCAAAAUGCAGAUAUGGAAUGUUGUGGUGACGAGGCAUAUAAUACAAACGAUGAGCUAUGCUGUGAUAACUCAGUAAGAACAAAGAACAAACAAUCUGAUAAUUGUUGCUGUGGAAAUGAGACAAUGAAUACUUUAGAAGAAAUAUGUUGCAAUGGUAUUUCACAACGAAUGAAAGGCGACCUAACUCUUUGUUGUGGUACUAAAAGUUAUAAUCCAAAGGAUCAUGUAUGCUGUGAUGGCGAAUUUAUGUUAGGAAAAUCAGAUGAAAAUGACAAUUGUUGCUGUAAUGAAUUUACUUAUAACACCAAUACACAUAUGUGUUGUAGCGGAGAAGUACAACAAAAGACCGGCGGGAAGUUUGCGGCAUGUUGUCGAAAAAAGAGUUACAACACAAAAACAGAAAUGUGUUGCAGGGGCGACGUGCGAGAAAAGAUGGAAGAUGGUGAUGACUGCUGUUGUGGAAGAACUACAUAUAACACUCGUAAUCAGGUUUGUUGUGAUGGCCUCCCAAGAGAUGUUCAAGGCAGUAUUGAGUUUGGUUCGUGCUGUGGGGACCAGGGCAUGAAUAUCAAGACACAAUUAUGCUGCAACGGAAAAGUAACAGAUAAAGUUCAUAACAAUGACGAUUGUUGCUGUGGAAAUACAACGUUUGAUGAAAGAACUGAAGUAUGUUGCGAUGGAGUUACUAAUGAGCGUCUUGCUGGGGAUAAAACGCGAUGUUGUUAUGAUGUGAGCUAUGAUCCAGAUAAUCAAAUGUGCUGUGGUAAGACCGUAAGCAAAAAAUCUAAGAAUGGUGAUAAUUGGUGUUGCGGAGACGAAUCUUACAACACAAAUAAUGAACUUUGUUGCAAUGGAGUUCCUCAGUCAAAAUCUAAUGGAAGAACUAGAUGUUGCGGUGAAAUAAGUUACAACCCUGAUAAUGAAAUAUGUUGCGAUUCGCAUUUGUUACAUCCUAAGAGCAAUGGAAAUGAUAACGCGUGUUGUGGAGAGAAGUCAUAUAACACAAGAACGCAGUUGUGUUGCGAAGGCAAUCCUCAAGAUAAAUAUGGAGAUGACACGGGUUGUUGUAAGAAAACUAGUUAUGAUACGACGUCGCAGAUAUGUUGUGAUGGUGUUGUGGUAAAUAAGUCAAAGACUAACGACCACCAAUGUUGCGGUGAACAGUCUUUUAAUCCAGACACAGAUCUGUGUUGUUUAAACAAAGUGGUGCGAAAGCCAAGCGGUGAUGCAGAAUGCUGCGGCAAGGAUGCCUAUGAUACCGUAACACAAUUAUGUUGUGAAAAAGGAAAUAUCGUCACAAAACUUCAUGAACAUGAUCUAAGUUGUUGUGGAAAUGAGACCUAUAACGCUGAUAUAGAAAUAUGUUGUGGUGGAAACUCAAAUAAAAUAUCAAGCAAUAAUCCCAAAGAUACUCGCUGUUGUGGCAGAAAGGGUUACGACAUUAAUGAAAGAAUUUGUUGUAAUGGUAAAUUGUUUGACAUGGAUGGAAAUUUCGAAGAUACUAGUUGUUGUGGUGACGUUCCGUACAAUAGUAGAAAUGAAGUCUGUUGUAAAGGUGAGGUAAGACAAAAAACAAACAAUAAGGACACGCUUUGUUGCGGGGGCGACACGUUUAAUCCUGAUACACACGUUUGCUGUUUAAAUAAAAACAAAGAGGUCGUUCAGCCAAAGAAAGGCAAAAAGAUAACACGAUGUUGCGACGGGGUGAGUUAUGAUGGAGACACAGAAAUGUGUUGCGACGGAGUUGUUCAACAUAAAUGGGUGGGCGCCAAAACACGAUGUUGUGGUCAAAGAAGUUAUAAUCCAGACAGGGGACUUUGUUGUAAUGGACAAAUGAUAGAGAAGACAACACAAUUUGAUGAUUGCUGCUGUUGUAAUAGAACAAUGGAUAGUAGCCGGCAAAUCUGUUGUGAAUGUAAUGUCUUAAAGAACAUUGGUAGCUACCAUACGGAAUGUUGUGGUGGUGCAUGCUUUGACCCAUGGUUACAUUUAUGCUGUGGGGGCCAGGUUAGGCCUAAGAAGUAUGGCAAAGAUUCGUACUGUUGUGGCAAACAAGUUUACUCUCCAAAGAAUGGCGUUUGCUGUGGGAAAUAUGUGAUGUGGAAAGUGCCCGUUGACCAGCCAUGGAAAUAAAAAUCAUUUAUGGACAUUGGCGAUACAGACCGAGACUAUGAAUACAUAAUGUAGGAUCGUGUACUUGAUGUCUGUUAAGUCACCAACGAAACCAUAGAAAAAACAUUAUAUCUAUUGUUACGUUAACAUAAACUUGACAAUUAUAGGUGUUAAGAAUCGUCCUUUUUAGAAAUAUCUUUUUGAGCUUGUAAUUUUUAAUAGUGCAACGAUGGCUUUCUUAGGCUUUAUACAAUUAACAUAAGAAUGUUAUUUUUCCAUUAUUGGGAACGAAUAAAUAUUUGCAUGUAAAUGUUCGUGUAAUUCUAAAAUGGUAUUUCAACAAUUAUUAACGUAAUGAUUGAUAUAUUGCAUUCAUUGCCGGACAAGAAUGCUUUUAAAUCCCUUUAAAUGUUAAAAUAUAAAUAGUUUGUGUAUAUAUAUAUACAAGUAGUUCAAAACAUAUAGGAAUGAUUGAGUCUCACACUUGUUACUGUCAUUAUUUUGGAUAAGGAAAUAUAUUGGCACAAAGGUUAAUGCAAUAAGUUUUCUGUUGGUAUUAUUCCUUGGUAUUUGCUAUUUUAUCAUCAACUGCUUAUAUUUCAUGAAAAAGAUAUACCAUUAAAUAAUACUUCACAUGCAUAUGGUUACUUGAAACAUAAACGGCAUGUAAAAAAAAAUAUUUUUGUCUCUAGUAUAUUAUCUAUGAUUUAUUUUAGUUUUUCAUACUUUUUCAUUCAUGCCAUUUGUUGUUUGUGUAUCUUUAAAUAAAAAUAUCAUUCGAAUGUUCAGAUAUUACUAAAUCGUUGGAGUGAAAUAUGCAUAUUCAAUGUAUGUAAGCUGAAUUUCAUAAAACUGUUUUUCUUUUUGUCUCUACAUUAUGUUGUACAUGCUCUUAAAGUUAUAUUAUAUAAGCCAUUUUUCCAUUGUUUUAUCUUCGUAUCAAGAUACUUAGCGCUUUUCAUCGUACAUGAUAUAGUUUUUAGUAGUUUCAUUCUAUAUCAAAAUGUUUUUCCUCUGUCUAUAUAUUACAAACAAUGGUGAUGGAAAAUAGAAAAUUAAACCUAAUAGAACAAUUUGGA